AUGUCUCAUCCUACUGAAAUUCCCUACCGCCAAAUCCGCGCCUCCUACGACAGCCAACACAUCAUCGUCUACCAAGCCUACAAAGCUUCCAUUGCCGACGCCGCCAUCAAGGCCCAAAAACUCAAUGCAUCCCCCGACUUCAGCCCCGAGCGCAUGACCUGGAUCAAGCCAAGCUGGUGCUGGAUGAUGUACCGCUCCGGAUACUCGUACAAAGACGACGGCCAGAGUCGCAUCCUCGCCCUCAAGAUGAAGAAGCAGGACUUCUUCGGCCUCUUGGAACAGGCUGUCCUGUCUACCCAUCCGUCUCCGCACGCCCACGUGGACAAAGAAAGCACCAACAAGACGGUGGCUCACGAGAGGGCGACAGAUGUGAGAGUCCAGUGGGACCCGGAGCGAAAUGCGAAGCUGGAGGGGCUGCCGUAUAGGAGCAUCCAGAUUGGCAUUCCGGGGACGCUGAGCACCAAGUGGGCGGAUGAGUGGAUUGUUUCGAUUGAGGAUGUUACGGAGAGGGCGAGAGAGCUGAAAAAGGCGCUGCAAGAGCAGCCGGAUGCUUCGACGGAUGAGUUGGUGAAAAGGGGGCUGGUGCCGGAGGAGAAGGCGUUGGAUGUGCCCGAGGAGAUUUUGACGCGGUUGGAAAUGACUGUUUUGGGAGUUCCUGACGAGUUAUAA